GGGCCGGAGCCAGGAGCCAGCCCCGCCCGCCGCCCCGCCCAUGGGCCGCCGGCCCCCGCAGCCUCCCGCCGCGAGGAUCGCGCCGAGGGGGGGAGCCGCCUGAAGGAACGCGACGGCUGCGCCCGCAGUUUGGGCAUAACAACACCCCAGACACCUACUUACAUCCUCGGAAGAUUGUUACCAGGGCAGAGGCCUACCUGAUACCAGAGAUGAUUCUAAGCCUACUUUCUUUGCGUUUGUGUGGGGCUUUACAGGUCACCUGCAUGUCAGCAUGGCAGCCACAAACCUGGAGAACCAGUUACACAGCGCACAGAAGAACCUCUUGUUCCUUCAGCGGGAGCACGCCAGCACGCUCAAGGGGCUGCACGCGGAGAUCAGGCGACUGCAGCAGCACUGCACAGAUUUAACGUAUGAGCUGACAGUCAAGAGUUCGGAUCAGACAGGGGACGGAGCUUCCAGAAGCAGUGAACUCAAGAAAAGAUGUGAAGACCUGGAGGCGCAGCUGAAACUGAAGGAGGACGAGAACACGGAGUUGCUAAAGGAGCUGGAGCAGAAGAACGCGAUGAUCACCGUGCUGGAGAACACCAUCAAGGAGCGCGAGCGCAAGUACCUGGAGGAGCUGAAGGUCAAGAGCCACAAGCUGGGCGUGCUGACCAGCGAGCUGGAGCAGCGCGCCGGCACCAUCGCCUACCUGACCUCGCAGCUGCACGCCACCAAGAGGAAGCUCCUGAGCUCGGGCGGCACCUCGGACGGCAGCCCGGCCGGCAGCCCCGCGCUGGCCAGCUACAAGCCGGCGCCGCCCAAGGACAGGCUGCCCGAGACGCCCCGGCGCCGCAUGAAGAAGAGCCUCUCGGCCCCGCUGCACCCGGAGUUCGAGGAGGUCUACAGAUUCGGGGCCGAGAGCCGGAAACUGCUGCUGCGGGAGCCGGUGGACGCCAUGCCAGACCCCACCCCGUUUCUGCUGGCCAGGGAGUCGGCCGAGGUCCACCUGAUCAAGGAGCGGCCCCUCGUCAUCCCCCCCAUCGCCUCGGACCGCAGCGCCGGCGAGCAGCCCAGCCCCGCGCGCGAGAAGCCGCACAAGGCGCACGUGGGCGUGGCGCACCGCAUCCACCACGUGGCCCCCGCGCAGGCCCCGCCCGAGGUGGAGACGCUGGCGGUGGACCAGGUGAACGGAGGCAAGGUGGUCAGGAAGCACUCAGGGACGGACAGAACUGUGUGAGCGCCCACCCCCACCCCCCGCGACCCUCCACCCCGCUGUCGAGGCACUGUGAUCACCACUAGGAAAACACUUCAUCCGCACCUCCUCUUUUGCUUUUUUUUUUUUUUUCAAUCCCCAUGCAUGCCAAAUUUUUUUCACACUGUCAACAGAUUAUUCUCCUGCUCCUCCUCUGGCCCUCUGCCUUGACACCGAAACACGAUCUUGCCCCUGCCGCAGAAUCCGUAUUUACUAAUCGCUGAGGCCAAACACCUGCGUGCCCACUCGCUUGCUUCCAGCCCCGCUCCGCGGAACCUCCGCGCACGCGCGCGCGCACAGCACGGGCCGCAGGCCGCGUUCCUGCUCGACGUUAACGAAAUUAUCCGAUAGUCACACGCCUAAUUCUAAAGUCCGAGCAACGCAUAUCGGCCUUGACCUCACGCCUCGGGUUUCCGGGGCGGCCUUUCCGGAAAAGCCCUGAGCCCUCCUGGAGACCCCCCUGACACACCCUCCCCGGGGGCGGCACAGAUAAGCCAAGCAGUUGUAUGUUAUGUCACAGGAACUAAAUAAGAUGACAUUACUCCUCAUAUCACCACGACCUGAAUGUGUGUUCAUAUUUUUUGUUGUUUGUUUUAUCCAAAAUGUUCAAGAUCCCAACAAACUUUAUUUUCUAAACCUGC